AUGGGCGUCACGCUCCUCCUGCCUUUGCUGGCGGCGGCGGCGGCCGGGCUGAGCCUGCAGCCGGGCAGGAUGCGGCACCUGGGGGUCUGCCCCAACCAGCUGAACCCCAACCUCUGGGUGGACGCCCAGAGCACCUGCGAGCGGGAGUGCCAGGCCGACCAGCCAGCUAAAGCUGAGAGGGCGCGGGCGCUGGCGCCGGCGGCCUCGUGCGAGAGCUUCGUGUGCGCGCAGCAGGGCUCCGACUGCGACAUCUGGGACGGGCAGCCCGUCUGCAAGUGCAAGGACCGCUGCGAGAAGGAGCCCAACUUCACCUGCGCCUCCGACGGCCUCACCUACUACAACAAGUGCUACAUGGACGCCGAGGCGUGCCUGCGUGGCACCCGCCUCACCACCGUCCCCUGCAAGCACAUCUUCACCUGGCCCGACACCAGCCCCGUGCCGCAGGAGACGACGGUGCGCCCCACGCCGGGAGCCGGCCCCGAGGUGCCGGUGCCCCCCGCCCUCUACAGCAACCCCUUCCACCAGUCGGUGCGUGCCGGCGGCACCGUCAGCUUCCGCUGCGACGUCAGCGGGCGCCCGCGGCCGGACAUCACCUGGGAGAAGCAGAGCGAGCGGGAGGAGAACUUCAUCAUGCGGCCGGACCAGAUGUACGGCAACGUGGUGGUCACCAACAUCGGCCAGCUGGUCAUCUACAACGCCCGCCACGAGGACGCCGGCAUCUACACCUGCACGGCCAGGAACGCUGCCGGGCUGCUCCGCGCCGACUUCCCACUGUCGGUGGUCAGGCGGGAGCCAGGGGGGACCCCGCAGGCCGGCAGCCCCCAGCCCUUCCCCAGCGCCGAGUGCCUGAAGGAGCCGGACCGGCGGCGGUGCGAGGCGCUGGAGGUGCGCUGGCACUUCGACGCCAAGCAGGGCUCCUGCCUCACCUUCCGCUACGGGGGCUGCGGGGCCAACAGGAACCAUUUUGAGACCUAUGAGGAGUGCCGGGCUGCCUGCUUGGGCAGCGCCCGCCCCACCUGCCUGCUGCCCAUGGUGCAGGGUCCCUGCCAGAACUGGGAACCCCGCUGGGCGUACAACCACCUGCUGAAGCAGUGCCACUCCUUCGUCUACGGCGGCUGCGAGGGCAACACCAACAACUUCGAGAGCAAGGAGACCUGUGAGGACGUCUGCCCCUUCCCCAAGAGCCUGCAGUGCAAGGCUUGCCGCCUGAAGAGCAAGAUGGUGCUGAGCCUCUGCCGCAGCGACUUUGCCAUCGUGGGGCGGCUGAUGGAGAUCGUGGAGGACCAGGACUCCGGGAUCGCCCGCUUCGCCCUCGAGGACGUCCUCAAAGACGAGAAGAUGGGCCUCAAGUUCUUCAACAUCAAGUACCUGGAGGUGACCUUGACUGACAUGGACUGGAGCUGCCCCUGCCCCAACAUGACGGCAGAGGACGGGCCGCUCAUCAUCAUGGGCGACGUGCACGACGGGAUGGCCACACUGGACCCCAGCAGCUACGUCCGGGCGGCCAACGACAAGCGAGUGAAGAAGAUCUACGAGCUGAUGGAGAAGAAAACAUGCGACCUCCUGAACCGAUUCCAGGACUAG